GAUUGCGUGUGUAAGUACAUAAAAGUGUAUGCCGUAAAAGGCAUCAUCGUUUCGGCGUUCCACGGUUCCGGAUCUCUUGGCUGUUCUAGGCGAUAAGUUCGGUGAACGAGCGUCUUUACCCUUUGCAAUUUUUUUCUACGAAGAUGAAGAAUAUUCUCGCCGUCUUGAUGUUAGUGGCCAUUGCCAAAGGUAGUCCCGUCUGGGGAGACUACCAGGUGGGACAGUGGAACAAAGAGUAUCAACCACCUGGACAGUGGUACUCUUCAUCUGGAUACUCGCCUCCUCUAUCAGGACCUUCGUUCGUACCACCAGGACAAGGGUUUCUACCUCCAGGACAUUCACGUACACCUCCAGGACAUCAGCACAUACCACCAGGGCACAUGUACUUAAAACCGUGUCAGAUGUUAGAACAAGUGCUCAAUCUUCAAGCGAACCAACCAAGUAACUCCCUGGACAAAAGCUGCAACGUUGGAUGGAUUUGUCGGAAUCCAGGAACAGAUGACAUGACUAUUACUACCAUCGAUGGAACCCAGAUAAUAAUCGGCAGGCAAGAGCAGCCGAAUAAUUGGCCAAAUCAAAACGGAAUUCAAAGCAAUAAUAAGAAUCCCAUGAGUGAUGAUCCUACUCAAGGAAGAGCUGAUAACGCGAACUUACCUAAUGAAAAUUCUACUCCCUCUGUAAAUAAUCCUACUAUUCCACAGACUAACAAUGAAUCAUCCCGUCGAGAAGGAGGAGAAGGACUCAUUGAUGUAAGAAUAGGAGACAAAUAAACUGUAGUAGAAUAUUGCUGAAUAAAGAUAGGAAUGAAAAAUUAA